AUGCCAUCAAACUUCUCAUCCGAACAAUACAAACAACUUAACAAACAAGUUACACCACCAGCUGCAACAUUUGAAAGAUUGCAACAAAAAACUCCAUCUUCUAAAGCAGCUCCAGUCCUCAACAAUCUUCCAACUACUCCAUCAAAGGCAACACAAAGCAAGACUGUGAACUCUUUAUUAACCGGAAUUAAAAACCUUCCAUUGGAAGCUGCUCAAUUUAAAAAGAAGAAGGGUGCCGGUCUUGUCGCUCUCGCUUUAGGUUCAUUGAUUGUUGGUUCUUAUUCCUACACUAUCAAGAGUAUGAAACAAGAAAACUUUGCCGAUGUUGUCAUUCCAGAUACUUUGAAGCUCAAAGAAUAA